AAACGCUCAACCGGAAGUAGAAAUGAAAAAAGUGGAAUAAACAUCAUCGAAAUUGACGAUUUUGCAAUAUUCUGUCCGAAGAAUCAAACUCAAAGAAUACCAAACGCAUAUCAACUUUAUUGGGCGUAUUGCUGACAGCUUACGAUGAUGGGGUUAUAGAUAUGGACAACGUCAAUGGUGCAUUAUUUGAAACCAUCGUAGCAGGUACGGUGACUACCAAAGCACACCUUGACUGUUUCAUUCUGCUUAUGCUUAAUUACCCGGAUGUCCAAGAGAGACUUAUUGCGGAGAUACAAGCUGCAAUCCCUGCAGACAAAUCUCCAACUCUAGCAGACCGCGAAAAACUGCCCUUCACAGAGGCAGUAAUAUUGGAGAACUUUCGAUUCAUGUCCCCGUCUCCAUUGUGCAUUGCCCAUAAGACCACAUGUGAUACAUGUCUCGGCCAAUAUAAAUUGCCUAAAGAUACACAGAUUUGGACGAAUGUAUGGGGAGCCCAGCAUGACCCCCGUUACUUCACCGACCCCCUUACUUUCAAGCCAGAAAGAUUUCUGGACGGUGAUGGCAAGGCUUACAAGCUAGCAGAUGUCAAAUCAUUAUUCCCCUUUGGAAUUGGGAAGAGAUCAUGCCCUGGCGAAAAAAUAGCAUUGGACAGAAUUUUUCUAUUUGUCACAAAUAUGAUGCACAAAUUGAGAUUCGUCCCUGUCGACAAGGAUAAUAUUCCGUCGUGUGACCUGAAGACCUUCACGAUUGCUAUCACUUAUCAAACGAAGCCAUUCUAUGUGAAAGUAGAACCAUUGAAAAGGAAUGGCUAACAACAACAAUAAAAGUGAGCCUGUAAACAUAGAGCGCCGAGGAUCAAUUAGCGACUUCAGAUGUCCAGGAAUAAGCCCUUAAUAGUUAGACUUUUUUUAGGAAAACAACAAACUCGGCACAGGUUGUCAAAACACUUGAUCUGAGUGAAAAAUGAUGGUGCAGAUGAUUCGGGGGGGGGGGGUCUUAACGGAUUCUUUAGCCUGUGACCCCCACCCCUACCAAGCGGGAAGGGGGUUAUUUACAAAACAAAAUAUAAAAAUGAUUUUAAAGUAUGUUUCUUUAUAUGACUUCCUUUGGUGAUUGGCUCGAGAAUAUUUGCAUCUCAAGUUUUCUCAAGAUGAUG